CCGUCGCGGGGUCGGCCUCCUUCAUCUCUGGUGGCCUUGUCGUCGUCUCCGAGUCUCCCCGUCCCUCCUUCCCUUUUUACCCUAUAGGCUCGGCUGCUCUUUCCCCGAAACAGCCGUCAUGAGUGUGAGGCUGCCGGCGUCGUCUCCACCUCGGUGGCCGCGGCUGUUGCUGCUGUCGCUGCUCCUGCUGGGGGCGGCCCCAGGCCCGCGUCGGGGCGAUGCUUUCUACCUGCCGGGCCUGGCGCCCGUCAACUUCUGCGAGGAAGAAAAAAAGAACGGCGAGUGCAAGGCUGAAAUAGAACUGUUUGUGAACAGGCUUGACUCAGUGGAAUCUGUUCUUCCUUAUGAAUAUACAGCGUUUGAUUUUUGCCAAGCAUCAGAAGGAAAACGCCCAUCUGAAAAUCUUGGUCAGGUAUUAUUUGGGGAAAGAAUUGAACCUUCACCAUACAAGGCAUCAUUUCAUGUAAAGUGCAGCUGUAGAUCUGUAUCUACCUUUCAUAGUCGCGUGGCAUUCCAUGGUCAGAGGUUCUGUAAUCCUGGAUUUCCUAUUGGCUGUUACAUUACAGAUAAAGGCCAUGCAAAAGAUGCCUGUGUUAUUAGUUCAGAAUUCCAUGAAAGAGAUACAUUUUACAUCUUCAACCAUGUUGACAUCAAAAUAUACUAUCAUGUUGUUGAAACUGGGACCAUGGGAGCAAGAUUAGUGGCUGCUAAACUUGAACCAAAAAGCUUCAAACAUACCCAUGUAGAUAAACCGGACUGCUCAGGACCGCCCAUGGAUAUCAGUAACAAGGCUUCUGGGGAGAUCAAAAUUGCCUAUACUUAUUCUGUUAGUUUCCAGGAAGAUAAGAAUAUCAGAUGGGCAUCCAGAUGGGAUUAUAUUUUGGAAUCUAUGCCUCAUACCCACAUUCAGUGGUUUAGCAUAAUGAAUUCCCUGGUAAUUGUCCUCUUCUUGUCUGGAAUGGUAGCUAUGAUUAUGUUACGGACACUGCAUAAAGAUAUUGCCAGAUAUAAUCAGAUGGAUUCUACGGAGGAUGCCCAGGAAGAAUUUGGCUGGAAACUAGUUCACGGUGAUAUUUUCCGUCCUCCAAGAAAAGGGAUGCUGCUGUCUGUCUUUCUAGGAUCAGGGACACAGAUUUUAAUUAUGACUUUUGUGACUCUAUUUUUUGCUUGCCUGGGAUUUCUGUCACCUGCUAACAGAGGCGCGCUGAUGACUUGUGCUGUGGUCUUAUGGGUACUGCUGGGAACGCCGGCAGGUUAUGUUGCCGCCAGAUUCUAUAAAUCCUUUGGAGGUGAGAAGUGGAAAACAAACGUUUUACUGACAUCAUUUCUUUGCCCUGGGAUUGUAUUUGCUGACUUCUUUAUAAUGAAUCUGAUUCUCUGGGGAGAAGGAUCUUCAGCAGCUAUUCCUUUUGGAACGUUGGUUGCCAUAUUGGCUCUUUGGUUCUGCAUAUCUGUGCCUCUAACGUUUAUUGGUGCAUACUUUGGUUUUAAGAAGAAUGCCAUUGAACACCCAGUUCGAACCAAUCAGAUUCCACGUCAGAUUCCUGAGCAGUCGUUCUACACAAAGCCGUUGCCUGGUAUUGUCAUGGGAGGGAUUUUGCCAUUUGGGUGUAUCUUUAUACAGCUUUUCUUCAUUCUGAAUAGUAUUUGGUCUCAUCAGAUGUAUUACAUGUUUGGCUUCCUGUUUCUGGUGUUUAUCAUUCUGGUUAUUACAUGUUCAGAAGCAACAAUACUUCUUUGCUAUUUCCACCUGUGUGCAGAGGUAUGUAUUAACAUAUUUAUUUUACUUAGACAAGUUUUUGUAGAUUUAAAAAUAUCCAAUUUAAUUAUUUUUGUUUUUUCUUUUAUAGGAACAAUUGGCUUCUUUGCAUGCUUUUGGUUUGUUACCAAAAUAUACAGUGUGGUGAAGGUAGACUGAAGAAGCCCAGUGUGUCCAGUUCAAACAGAAAUAAAUUAAAUUCUUCAUCAACAAAGACCUGUUUUUGUGACUACCUUGAGUUUUAUCAGACUUAUUGGCCUAGUAUUUCAUCAGAAGCAACAUAAUUCUAAAUACAUGUCUACCCUAUACCUGUUCCCACAAAAUAUGUUUUCAACACUAAAACAUUUGUGUUGUGAUUUGAUUAAGUAUACUUUGGUUGUUCUCAGUGAAGAGCAAAUUUAAAUAUUAUGUGCAUUUGUAAAUAGCUAAGAAAUUUUCAAUACUUCUAAUAGCAGAAUAGAGGACGCCAUAUUAAACAAUACUGAUGAAAUGCGGGACAGUUGAUUGUAAAUAGAAUUUUCUAGGCUCGGUAGGUGGAAAGAAUUAUUUUUCUUUGAAGGAAAUAACUUUUUAUCAUGGUAAUUUUGAAGGAUGAUUCCUAUGAUGUGUUCAUUGGGGGAUGUGACUUUUAAAAAGAAUCUUGUAAUGGUUGUAGCUGUUCAGAUCUUUUCCUUUUCUGUGUUGACUUCAUUAUUCCCAUGGUAUUGGCUGUUUCAACUAUGUGCCUCUGAGUCUUUCAAUUUAUAAAUUUGUUAUCUUAAUAAAUAUUGUAAAAAUGUCUUCCUUGCAUCAUUACCUGUUAUAUAUUCAAGGAGAUUGUGUAAAUACAAAUCUAUUUACCAAGGGUAUUUUAAAAUGAUUUAUACUACUUUAUCAGGUUUUAUUGAAUUUUGUUAAUGUAACACUUUUUGAGUUUUGAUCUAAAAGAAAUUCCCGUCUUCUGGGCUUUGUGACGAUUCUAAAAUUUUCAUUGUUAGGCAGUAACAGAAGUUUUAAUCAUGCAUAUUCUAGCCAAAUUAUCAUGUAAGUUCAGUACUUAAUGCGAGCCUUCUAGCUACAUUGUCAUUAAGGAUUUUAUAUUUUUGUCUUGUUUUUCAGAAUACAGUAUUUUUUAUUUUUUAAAAAGUCAUUUCAUAUGUACUAUACAUUAUAUAUACUAGCAAGUCUUCAUCCUUGUGAUUAUAUUGUCUUAAUUUGGAUUUCACAGUUUUAUUUCCUAGAGUUAAGAAAUAAGUACUUCUGUUUCACAUUCAUUGGACUAAUUUAAAUUAAUUUAUGAGGAAUAUAGAAAUUUGGGAUGAUUCCAGAGAUACUAGUCUGCUUAUAUCUAUGAAAAUACUCAUUUGUAUUUUAGGAGCUGAAUGCUUGCUGCUUAUGAGAGCAAAUCAGAUACUGUCAUAAAACUUACAACUAAAAUUACUGUUGCUUAUAUGAUGUUGCUGAUGAAUAAUCUUAUGUUAAUAUCCUUUUUUUUAUAAAACUGACCAACAUAUUUGAAUAGUGAAACCAUAAAAAUAUCAUUGUGUAAGGAGCCCUAGCUCUUUUUAACCACUCACAUAGAGGAUUUCAGAUAGAAAAAUUCCUAUCAGUUUUAUUUUAGGUAUCUCUUACAGUGUAUUUUGUUUUUGUAUAGUGUAUUUAUUCUUUUAUACGUAAUUCAGUUAAGGUACUAAACAAAGAAAGGGUUUUAUAAAAAGUUCUAAUUGAGACACCAACCUAGUUUUAUUGGUCAGCGUUAAGUUUCUUCAAUUUUAUUUUUCCUUCAGUGAACAACUAGUGAUGAAAACAGUCACCUUUAUUGGUUUGAUACAACUUUUAUGUAUUUUUAUAAUCUUUAUACUUUGAAGUAAUCCUAUUUCACAAAUAAUGGAGAGGCAGUUGGGCGAAUAAAAGUAUUAAAGCGAAAGACUUGGGAUGGAGGAAAGAUGA